UAAUCUGAAUCCUUUCGAUGAUAACAGUGACAUCCCAGAUGUUGGAGAUUCCAAAAGCGGCGUCCCUGACAGCCAACCUAUGGCAUCGCUGCUCCCAAAAAGUGACAGCAUGGAUAUAACAUGGGAUAGCAUUGCUGCCAAACUGCUUCGAGAUAAUUAUAUUCUAACGGCUUUGGAAUUGUAUACUGAAUUUAUUGAAUCAGGAAGAGAACUCCCAAGGCUACGAGAUUAUUUCUCAAACCCUGGGAAUUUUGAGAGAACGAAAGAAGAUACCCCCUCCCCAACUUUGCCCCGUACAUCUAGCGUUCAGACAUUUGAUUCACUGGACUUUGCCCGGUACUCUGAUGAUGGUGAACGUCAAGUGGACGAGAGAGUGGCUGUUCUUGAGUUUGAGCUUCGCAAAGCUCAAGAGAUGAUAAAGUCUUUGAGAGCCACUUUGACUCAACAAGCAGAGGUAGUCCCAGAGGGUCUAUGUUACAAGCCAAGGCAAACAUUCCACACCGGGACAGAUCUGAUUCUGACGCAAGCUCCACAACAAGAGACGAAACUCUCAAGGAGGACAAUCUUCCCGCCCAGCCAUCAUUGGCCAACCUGGCACAUUCCCGUCCUAUGGGCAGCAGCCAUGAUGACUUGCGAUCUGAUGAGGCCAACUCGCGACCACCUGGCCACAAGGAAGGCUCCCCUCAGAUAGUCGUAGAUUUUGUGGACGCUGUCGAUCCCACUGUUGUGAUAGGAGAGAGAGGAGAAGGGGAGGGGCAGGAAGAAAUAGAGGCGGGGCAUGCUGGCGGAGGGGUGGGGCAUGCUGGCGGAGGGGCGGGGCCUGUGAUUAGUCAGACAGUUGAGACAGAAGCACCGUUGUCUGGAGGUGCUGGCGGUGGGAACUCUGCUGCUCCAGACAGACCGCGAAAGAAGGAAGUCACUGUCAGACCCUCAGAUAACAGAAAAAUGACUGAGUCUUUCCGUAAAGCUCUCCUGGAGGUGGCCUUCCAUGUUUCUCAAGACAACCAUAUUGUGUCGGAGAUGUCCCAGCUGAGCGAGUGUGACCAGCAUGGAGUUGUCCGCAUGUUGUCUCGUAGUCUGCCUCACAUCGUACCCAACGUCCUGCUGGCUAAAAGGGAGGAGCUCAUCCCAGUGAUCCUGUGUGCGGCCAUGUUACACCCAGAGCCCAAGCAGAGAGACCAGCUCCUCAACAUUCUCUUUAACCUUAUCAAAAAACCUGAUGAUGAGCAGAGGCAAGUGAUUUUGACGGGCUGUGUGGUGUUUGCUGAGCAUGCAGGGGCUGACAGACUGGUGGAGGAGUUGUUGCCUCAGUGUUGGGAACAGAUCGGCCACAAGUAUGUAGAGCGUCGACUUCUGGUGGCUGAGGCAUGUGGAGCCCUCGCGAGUUACCUCCCUGGCUAUGAGCUACUGAUGAGUGCGCUCAAAGACUCGAAGGAGCGCGUUCAGCGAGCGGCGCUACACGUGUUCCUGCCCGCGCUGGGCAUGUGGGCACGGGAGUUGGGUCGCCUGGAGCACCAGCUGAUGCACAGCCUGCUGAGACAACUUGAGGACACAGGUGCGGCUGCAGCUCAGAAGGCCAACAGUUCCACAACUUUGCCUCUGAACGAGAGCAGGUUCCUUUUGCUAUUGAUGACGCUGGAAGAGUUAGUGCCCUUAUUGUUUCUGACAGUGGUGGAAACCUGUCCUCAGGAACAUGUGUUUUCAGAGGAGGAGGUCUAUGUGGACACCUCUCGUUUCCCUGGGGCUAGUAGUGCUCUGAGUGACCUGGCAGUCAUGGCUGGAAGUGAUGCGUCGCUGGUGACCCUGGUGCGACAGUUUGAAGGUCACUUGGACCAGGAGUGGUUUGAGCCUUGGGAAGAGAUGAACUGGAUCGUUAACAAUCUACUUCCCCGUAUGCUGGAGGUGACGAUGUCUGUGGGUCUGUCCAUGCAGAAGGUUGUCCAUGCUCUCUGCCACUUCACAUUCCGGCUCUGUCGAACGUUUGGAAGGACUUUCACCGAGAAGAAGGUGAAGCCCAAGUUCGAGGAACUUAUUGAAAUUCCUGAUGAGGACUUUGAUGCCCAGCUCAACCAAGGUCAUCUGGCCAUCUCGACGUGUAUUGUUCCAGUCUAUGCCUCUGGCGUCCUCAUGUCCUUUGUCACUGAUGAGGACAAGAGCCGUCUAAGCCAGUUUUUGAAACGUGUGCUGUGUACUCUCGCCUUCUGCCAGGCACCGCUAGACAGUCUCAAGGCCACGCUGAUAGAGCUCAGCGACAAUCCAUCCAACCAUGAGCUCCUGCUGUCUGUGUUGUGGGAUGGAGUUGUCCACUCUUCUGCCCAGGUGCGGGCCGCCGCCGCUGCUGUCUUUGAGUUAAUGAUCAAGGGAGUGAAUGAGACGCUCGUCUCCUCCAGGGUAGUGCCUGCCCUCGUCACUCUCUCCAACGACCAGGAAAU